CAGCAGAUGGCGCUCCAGUAAGAGGCGGAGCUACACGGAGGGGCGGAGCUUCCACGUCACUCUCCAGAAACGAAAGGUAAGUUGGUCAGAGAGGCAGACGCGCUGCAGUGAAGACAAGUCUCCGUGUUUCUGAGAGAAAAGUCAAAGUGACGUCAUCAGGUGUUCCUCAGCAACACAGCAGAGUCUCUUGAGAACACAGGUGAGUACAGCUGGUCACAUUUACACCUUCAACAAGCAGGAAGAACACACAACUUACAUGGCUUCUGCAAACUAUGGUCCAUCUGAAGAUCAGUUCCUGUGCUCCAUCUGUCUGGAUGUGUUCACUGAUCCAGUCACCACAUCAUGUGGACACAACUUCUGCAUGAACUGCAUCAAUGAACACUGGAACACCAGCGACCAGAACCUGUGUCCAAUGUGUAAGAAGGACUUCACCAUCAGACCUGAUUUGAGGGUCAACACCAUGUUCUCUGAGAUGGUUGUUCAGUUCAGACAGUCCACUCAGCAGAAAGCCAGCAGCAGCAGCUCAGAGCAACAAGAGUCCAAACCAGGAGAAGUUCCCUGUGACGUCUGCACUGGAACCAAAGUGAAGGCCCUCAAGUCCUGCCUGGUGUGUCUGGCCUCCUACUGUGAGACUCACCUGGAGCCUCAUCUGACAGCUUCACGCCUGAAGAGACAUCAGCUGAUGGACCCUGUGGAGAACCUGGAAGGCAGGAUGUGUACGAAGCACGAUAAACAUCUGGAGCUGUUCUGUAAGAGCGACCAGACGUGUGUCUGCAUGCUCUGCACUGUUUUAGACCACAAGAACCAUGAUGUUGUUCCUCUGAAAGAACAAUAUGAAGAAAAGAAGGUUGAGCUGAAGAAGACAGAGGCUGAAAUCCAGCAGAUGAUCCAGAAGAGAAGACUGAAGAUUCAGGAGAUCAAACACCUGAUGGACCUCAGUGAGGAAGAUGCAGGCAGAGAGAAAGCAGAAGGUGUUCAGGUCUUCACUGAUCUGAUGGAGUCUGUUGAAAGAGGCUUGAAGGAUCUCCUCAAAACAAUAGAAGAGAAGCAGGAAACCACAAAGAAACAGGCUGAAGCUUUCAUCAGAGAGCUGGACCAGGAAAUCUCUGAGCUGAUGAAGAGGAGCGCUGAGGUGGAGCAGCUCUCUCGCUCUGAAGACCACCUCCAUCUUCUCCAGUCCUUAAACAUCCAUCAGCCACCACCCACCAAGGACUGGACAGAGGUCCGUGUUUGUCCUCCAUCAUAUGAGGGGACUGUGGUGAGAGCUGUGUCUCAGCUGGAGGAGACACUCAGUGAAAAGAUGAAGAAGUGGUUUGCUGAAGCUGAGCUGAAGAAGGUCCAGAUGUUUGCAGUGGAUGUGACUCUUGAUCCUGAAACAGCUCAUCCUCAACUCAUCCUGUCUGAUGAUGGGAAACAAGUGAAACAUGGUAAUGUGAAGAAGAAUCUCCCAAACAACCCAGAGAGAUUUUCUAAUAGGUUCUGUGUUGUAACAAAGCAGAGUUUCUCUUCAGGCAGAUUCUACUUUGAGGUUCAGGUUGAAGGAAAGACUCGGUGGUUUUUAGGAGUGAUCAGAGAGUCUGUCGACAGGAAGGGAAACAUCUCAUUGAGUCCUCAGAAUGGUUACUGGAUUCUAUGUUUGACAAAUGGAAAUAAAUACUAUGCUCUUGAUGAUCCUCAAGUUGAUCUCUCUGUGAAGUCUGGUCUUCAGAAGGUGGGGGUGUUUGUGGACUAUGAGGAGGGUGUGGUCUCCUUCUAUGAUGUAGAAGCUGCAGCUCUCAUCUACUCCUUCACUGGCUGCUCCUUCACUGAGAAACUCUUCCCGUUCUUCUGUCCUGGUUAUAGAGACUCUGCUCCUCUGAUCAUUCUCUAAUUUAAUGUGAUGAUUUCAUUCAUUAAUGGGAAUAAUUUUGUGACACCUCAUGGAGAAAAUGUUUUUUAACUUUAAAUUUGGGACUUUGAGUAAAUUAGCUAAACAAAUAUCUGAUGUCUAUUACCUUUCCAUCAUGUUCAAAGGAUACACUUUGUGUUAUUGUUGUACUGCUUUAAAGAUCAAUGGAUAAAGUGAAUUAAUAGUAAAGAUGCAAAAUGUACUUUUGGGGAAAAGGUGAUUUGAAUAAUUAAAUCAGUUUGGCUCAUGUUGAUUUGUUUUGUGUAUAUUUGUAAUAGGACUCAUGACAAAUAAAGUCAAGUGAUUA